CGUCCUCUUGAGGAACAACAAGACAAAAUCAUUAUUUUCUGAUAAGGCGAUGUAACCGUGAUCAACCCCGUAAUUAGAGAAAGAACUAAAAAUACAUACUUAUUUUUAUUCUGGCAAUCAGCGAAGUUGCUCACGUCGGCACCGAGUCCCUCGAACCGCGUUUAACAUGGCGGCGCAGAUGGCGGUAAAUUCAGGCGCCAGUCUGUGGGGGCCGCUGAAGGAGCUAUGGGAGACGGUGGAGGGAGCCGUGUGGAGGAAGCAGGCCGAGAGCGUCCACCUGCUGGACCUCCAGCUCAAGAAACACAAGCCACACUUCCUCAAGCUCUUCCAGAAUCCACCCAAGAGUUCGGAGCAGAGGGAGAAGGUGCGGAAGGCCAGUACGGAGGGCAUUGCCAUCCAGGGCCAGCAGGGCUCGCGGCUCCUGCCCGAGCAGCUCCUCUCAGAGGCCUUCAUCCUCAGCGACCUGUUUGACCUGGGAGAGCUGGCCGCUCUGGAGCUCCUACUGGCAGGAGAGCAUCAGCAGCCUCAUUUCCCUGGUCUGACACGAGGCCUAGUGGCCGUGCUGCUCUACUGGGACGGCAAGCGAUGCAUCGCCAACUCUUUACGCACGCUCAUCCAGUCACGGCACGGGAAGACAUUUACUCUGGACCUAAGUGGUGAGUUGGUGUAUCUGACCACGCGCUUCACUGAUGAGCUGAUGGCGGAGGGGUUGACCAAGCGCAUCCUCACUCUGGUGUCGGACAUCAGCGUGACCGGAGAGUUCGAACGGCUGCAGAAGGAGAGGGGCCUUGGAAACGAGAAGCACAGGAAGGAGGUUGGAGAUCUCAUCAAAGAGUGCCGGCAGUCCCUGGCCGACUGUCUGUUUGCCUGGGCCUGCCAAUCACCCCUCAGCAAGGACAACACUCUGGCCCUGAUUGGUCACCUGGAGACGGUGACGCCGGAAGCUGACGGCUCAUUGGACAGCGUGAACCUGGCCCUGGUCAUGGCCCUCCUCUACUGCCUGGACGUCAGCUUCCUGGAGCAGGCCACAGAGGACAGAGAAGAUCUGCUGCAGGCCCUGCCCCUGUUGACGGAGCGUGACUAUGUGAGUGCGGUCCACACCCGGUUGGUGGAGGGACAGAGCUGGAAGCUGCCGGGACUCCAGGCCCUCGUCAGGCUGACCUGGGCACUCUCCCUACGGGCCCUCUCACAGCUGCCACACGGAUCAGCUCUCGUGGAGUACACAGAGGCAGAUGAGGCUCUGGCUGACCAAGCACUGCUGGGCGGAGUCUUCCUCUUCGUCACAGAGGGCAUUCUGGGAUGCGAGGGCUUCACCCAGGAGGAGUUCUACACGCGCCGCCUGCACACGCUCAUCACCGACUUCCUGGCUCUCAUGCCCAUGAAGGUGAAGCAGCUGCGUAAUCGUGCAGAUGAGGAUGCUCGGCUGGUGCACAUGGCUCUACAGAUGGGCAGCGAGCCCCCAGCGUCCCUACGGAAGGACCUGGAACACCUCAUGAUACUGGUUGGCGAGUUCUACAGCAAGGACCCGUUUAACCUGGAGCUGGCGCUGGACUUCUGGUGUCCGUCCGAGUCCCUGCAGCACACCUCCCUCAUGGGCUCCUAUAUGAGCGUGGCCAUCCAGAGACCACCACACAAACAGGUGGUGUUGUCCAAGUUUGUGCGUCAGAUGGGUGACCUGCUGCCCCCCACCCUCUACAUCCCCUACCUGCGCAUGCUCAAGGGCCUGGCCAACGGAGCCCAGUGCUCUCACUACUGCUUCAGCCUGCUCAAGACCAACGGAGCCCCGCACGGUGAGCAGGGUGCAGUGUCGGGCAGUGUGGUGUCGUGGGAGCACUUCUUCCACUCCCUGAUGCUGUACCACGAGAACCUGCGUCGGGACGUGCCCAGCUCCCACGCCACCCAGUACCGCACCGCGCCCCUCAGGGGCAUCACCCAGCGAGAACUGGACGGACUCACCUCCUUCCUGCAGCUGCUCACCACCAUCAUCACAUGGAGUGAGAAUGCUCGCUUGGCGUUGUGUGAGCACCCCCAGUGGACGCCGGUGGUGGUGAUGCUGGGGCUGCUGCAGUGCAGUGUGCCCCCCGUGCUGAAGGGGGACAUCCUGCUGACCCUCGCCGCCUUCGCCAAGUCCCCCGAGAUCGCAGCCUCGCUCUGGCAGUCCCUCGAGUACACACAGAUCCUGCAGACAGUGAGGGCUCCUGGACAAAGACAAGUGGCUGGCAUAGAGGUGGAGUUGAAUGAGAUCGAGUCCGGGUGCGAGGAGUACCCCAUGACGCGUGCCUUCUGCCAGCUGAUCAGCUCCCUGAUCGAGAGCGCCCUGCCGGUCAACCUGGGCGCGGGUACGCGGGCGCCGGGCUUCCAGCCCUACCUCAGCUUCCUCAGGGACGCUGUCUUCCUCUGCUUCCCCACCAGGGCCUACCGACGCCCUGCAGAGAAGUGGGAGGUUGCUGAAGGUGUCCUGGAGGUCUUCCACAAGCUGCUGCGUGACUACGAGCCGACACCCUCCGACUUCCUGCCCGAGGCGGUGGAGGUGGGCGGGGAGACGGUGGCGUCCCACAAGCCCCCGGGCCACAGCCUGAUGUUCCACCUGCUCAACGACUCGCCCACCCUGGCCCUCUGCCUCAGCCUGCUGCAGGAAGGCGUCAGGAUGCUGGACACAUACGCACCCUUCCCUGGCAAGAAGCAGCUGGAGUCUGCGGUGCUGCACUGCCUGUGUCUGCUGGAGCUGGCGCUGCAGAAGCAGGCUCUCUUCAUGGACCUGCUGAGGGAGAGCCAGGCCUCGCUGCUCGUCUCCCCCCUGGAGCAGCUGCUGCAGGGGGUCAGCUCACACACGCGCAAGGCCGACCACAUCACCAACAUCGCCAGGUACCUGUACCACAGCAGCACCAAUCCGGAGGCAGCCUUCCAGAGUGCCAAGAUCCUGAGGCGCAUCGCCCGCUACCCCAACAUCCAGAACAGGCUGGUGGGAGACUUCACACACGAUCAGGCUGUGAGUGAGAAGCUGAUGGCUGGAUUCGUGGAGUGUCUGGACAACGAGGAGGCCGAGGAAGGACUGGAGAACAUCGAAGGUGUGGAUGUGGAUAAGAGUGUGGCGCGUAUCCGCCACGAGACCCAGGUGCACAUCCUGAACCUGCUGAUCACCUCUCUGGAGCUGCCCGGCCCCAACCUGGCCCUCUACCUGCUGGGCUACAACAUCAAGAAGGCGGUGUCCUCCACCAACCUACAGGACCCAGGAGUGUUGGGCUGUCCGCGCAGCUGUCUGCACGCCAUCCUGAGUUUGCUGCAGAGAGGCAGUGAGAAACGCUCAGGACCCGAGAUCACCCAGGAGGCUCCACACCUCGCAGAGCUCUGCUACCAGGUGAUCUACCAGUUGUGUGCGUGCUCUGAGACGUCGGGCCCCACCAUGCGCUACCUGAGGACCAGCCAGGACUUCCUCUUCUCACACCUGCAGCACCUGCCCUUCGUCGCACCAGGGAAUGAAAUAGCCAGCCUGACCCAGAUGUCUUGGCUGAUGAAGACAGCCGCCAUCGAGCUCCGACUGACAUCACUGAACCGCCAGCGCUCACACACACAGAGGCUGCUCAACCUGCUACUCAACGACCAGCCACACACACAACAUACAGCUGACAGUGAGUUUGGCAUGGAGGAGGACACCAAGUCAGUCAGUGGCUUUCUGCACUUCGACACUGUUUCCAAAGUGCGCCGCAAGCUGCUGAGUGUGCUGGAUGCCAUCAAUUUCAGCCAGGAGGUGCCCGAGCUCCUGCAGCUUGACUUCUUUGAGCGCGCUCAGAUUGAACAAGUCAUCACCAACUGUGAGCAUGUGAACGAGCAGGGGCACACCGUCUCUAAUGUCAAGCUGCUGCACAGAGUGCUGGUUGCCGAGGUGAAUGCCCUGCAGGGGAUGGCUGCCAUUGGCCAGAGACCCAUGCUCAUGGAGGAGGUGAACUCCAUCCUGCAGCAGGUGGUGGAGCGUAACCGUGUGCGGCGCAGCCUGAGUGCCAAGCGUCACGCGCUGCAGAGCUGGCGAUCGGUGGUGGAGACCAUCCUCACCGCCUGCCCUGCCGACCUCAUCCCCCCCGACCAGAGGCAGCUCAUCAUACGAGACCUGCUGCUGGACCUGCACGACAAGGUUCUAGCUGAAGACACAGCAGUGGAGCUGAUGCCAGUGGUGGCCGGUGCUGUCUUUACUCUGACAGCUCAUCUCAGCCAAUCGGUGCUGUCCGAGCAGCAGCAAGGGGCGGGACUAGAGGGAGGCUUCGCUUCCAUCGCUAACUCUGCUCUUCACCUGAUCCUGAGGAAGCUGCUAGACUUCAUCCUGUGCACAGGUGGUGGUUUCCAGAGGCUGCGUGCCCACCUGUACGGCUCUCUUCUUUACUACCUGCAAAUUGCCCAGAAACCAGAGGAGCCCGAUACACUACAGACAGGUGGCAGCUCCAUGUGGUCGCGUCUGAUGGCCCCUGAGGACGGCUACAGCCAGCUGCAGAGGGAGAGCCUGGCCAUCAUCGAGAGCUACGGCACCACACUCAUGGAGGUGGUCUGCAGGGACGCCUGCGAUGGGCACGAGAUCGGCAGGAUGUUGGCGCUGGCAGUGCUUGACCGUAUCCUGUCUAUCGACCGGCAGUCUGCGUGGCUGCUGUUUGUGUGCAACAGUGGCUACCUGCGGGUGCUGGUGGAGAGCCUGAGGCAGGACGACGGAGCCCUGCAGACCCUGUUGUGUCCCCAGCCACCAUUACUGAAGCCACUAUACAUAUACGAGUCCAAGAUGGCCCUGUUGACGCGAGUGGCCAAGUCUGCUCAGGGUGCUGUGGAGCUGCUGCGCUGUGGCCUGGUGGCCCAACUGGUGGAGUGUCAGGUCUUCCACAUGCUGCCUGAGAGCGACUCACACAGGGUGUUUGGUCAGCGUGAGCGCUCUGCGUUCAUCCCCUCUCCUCUGGAGCGCUACAGGCAGAUCCUGCUGCCCACCCUCAGACUGCUGCAGGUCAUACUGACCUCCACUAGCACUCACCACCAGCAGGGGGCAGCACAGGUGCUCCAGUGGCUGAUCGUGCAUGCAGACACCAUCCAGAGCAUCCUGAGAGGCCAGGACAUGAGUCUUGGAGCCCUGCAGGAACUCUCCCUGCUCACUGGCAUCAUCAGCAAGACCGCCCUGCCAGGUACUCUGGAGAUGGGAGACAUCAACAGCACAGCUCUGCUAGAGUUCCAGGGACACGUGGGCAGAUUCCAGCGCCAGUGUCUGUCCCUGCUGGGCCGUCUGGCUGGUGCUGAGCGCGUGCGGCUCCUGAAGCAGGCGGAGGAGAGCAUCACACCUGGAGACCCCGCGGACAGGCGAGAGGAGCUGGAGGUGGCCAUGCAACAGAUCUGUGCCAACAUCAUGGAGUACUGCCAGACGCUGCUGCUUCAGAGCUCCUCUGAUGCCCAGUUCAGCAUCUGCCUCUUCAGCCCCACCGCCAUCGAACCCGCUGCCAGGGACCCCACACGCCCAGACCUGUCAGUGCCGUCGGCCCCGUACUCGCGGGUGCCCAGUCUGGGGCUGGUGCUGUACCUGCUGAAGAGCAGCGCUCAGGACUUCUUCAAAUACCACGACAGCCACCGACAGAGCCUCAGCAAACUGGACAGCCUGGAGCAACUCUCACCUGAGGAGCUCAAGGAGCUGUGCCAGGCCAUAGUAACGGGCGCUGGUGUGGUGGAGAAGCUGCCGUCGGUGCAGAGGAGUCAGCUGGCCAAGAGGAGACUGGUGCAGCUCAUCAACAACAGAGCCAAACUCAUGGCCCUCUGCUCAUACAUCAUUGAAACGUGUCUAUUUGUGCUCUGGCGCCACCUGGAGUACUAUCUGUUGUACUGCACGCCCACCGAUCCCAAGGACUCCCUGUUGCCAGGAUACAAAGCUGCCUCAGGGGGCCGUGCUUUGGGUCUGGCUCAUGUCAGUCAGCAAGAUCUAGAACAGCUCCAGAGUGACGUGGGGGGCAGCUUUGGGGAGGCGGUGCAGCGUAAGCUGCUGGAGGUGGAGUCCCUGUACAGCAAGGGCCGCUCCAGAUACACCUUCAUCCAGGCCCUCACACGCAGGAUCAGGGGCCUCGUGCGGCAGACCAAGACCUAACACACACACACACGCACGCACGCACGCACACACACACUCCUACAUAUAUAAACUGGCUUCUUCUCUCAUUCCCCUUUGCAAACAUGCAAUUUUUAUAAAGCACUCAUGAAAUUUAUACCUGGGAAGAAACAUUUUUUGGCUUGGAAUUUAUCUAUUGUCUUGGAAUCGUGCAUUAUGUUGCCCAUCAUUUGUGUUUAGUUUGUUUUCUUUGACAUUAUGUUAAAAUAAAAUGCAUUUUUCUAAAUUGAA